AUGGGUACACUUAGGGACCUCCAAUUUGCCCUGCAACUAAAGAUUGAGGAGCUUCGCCAGCGGGACACGCUGAUAGACGAGUUAGAGUUGGAGUUGGAUACAAAGGAUGAACUCAUUCGGAGACUGCAGGAGGAGCUGGAUCGGUACCGAACCACCAUCUCCCUCCCAGGACCCUCUGCAGCCGGUGCAGCUUGCUCAGCUCUGACUGAAGACGACCACACAGCCAAAAGGACAACGGUCAUCUCUGAGCCCUUCAGUCCGGACCCCGUGACCCUUGCCAUGGUUUCACACAGAAGCUGUGACAAAAGCCAGGAGUCUCAGAGGCUGAUUCAGGCAGCGUUUCUGAAAAAUGACUUGUUGCAGAACCUUGAUGAAGGAGAAAUCAGAGCCAUCAUAACCUGUAUGUAUCGCAGCACCAUCAAUCAAGGCUGUUAUGUCAUUCAGGAGGGGACCGUCGGGGCUCAGGCUUAUGUUUUAGAAGAAGGGAGGCUGGAUGUGACGAAAGACGGACUGAAGCUGCUCACAGUUGAACCAGAAGAAAUGUUUGGAGAGCUGGCACUCCUCUACAAUUGCACCCACACCUACUCUGUCUCAGCACAAACGGACAGCAAGCUGUGGGUUAUUGACCGCAAGAGCUACCAGACCGUACUUAUGCAAUGUGGUCUCAACCGCCUUUCUCAUUCAGUGGAGUUGCUUAGCAGCCUUCCCUUCCUGCAGUCAUUGCCAGAGGAUGUCAUCAUGAGAAUGUCUGAUCUCAUGGAGGAGACGCAUUACACUAACGGUGACUACAUCAUUCGACAGGGGGCCACAGGAGACACGUUUUAUAUCAUUAGCAAAGGCCAGGUGAAAGUGACAGACAAGAAGCCGGGGCAGGAGGAGCAAAUAGUCCUCAAUAAGCUGUCUGAGAGGCAGUGGUUUGGAGAAAACGCUCUGUGGGGAGAGGACAUUCGAACUGUGAACGUGAUAGCCGCUGGCGAUGUUACAUGCCUGGUAAUAGACAGAGAGAGCUUCAAGGACAUUAUUGAUGGGUUGACAUUUGACUGCCGUCAAGAAGUUCAGCAAAACAAUGACUCCAAAGUCGAAUCAGACUUGGAUCCUGCCCUCCUGCCAUCUUCCACCUUAAGAGAUUUUCAGAUUAUUUGUACUUUGGGAGUAGGGGAGUUUGGUCACGUAGACCUGGUGCAACUAAAGAGCAACACCAAGUGUCUUUUUGCCAUGAGAGUCCUGAAGAAGAUGUUGAUCCUCAGCAACGGUCAGCGAGAGCACAUCCUGAGAGAAGGUCGCAUCCUAAUGGAGGCCCAGUGUCCAUUCAUAGUCAGGUUGCAUAAAACCUUUGGAGAUGCCGAGAAUCUAUAUGUGUUGACAGAAGCUUGCCUUGGUGGGGAUUUGUCUAGUCUACUCAAGGAUAAAGGAUUUUUAAACGAAUGCAGCACAAAGUUCUACACGGCUUGUGUUGUCGAGGCCUUGACCUUUCUUCACUGCCAGGGUGUCGUCUAUAGAGACGUCAAGCCUGAAAAUGUCAUCCUGGAUGAGCACGGCUACGCCAAGCUGAUUGGCUCCAGAUGUCUGAAGAGGGUUGAGGUGGGGAAGAAAACCUGGACGUUCUGCGGUACACUGGGCUACAUGCCACCUGAGAUCAUCUUGAACAAAGGCCACAGUAUUUCUGCAGACUGCUGGUCUCUGGGUGUUUUUGUGUUUGAACUUCUGAGUGGUGGGCUCCCAUUCAGCGCCUCUGAUCCAGUGAAGAUUCUCACUGCAACCAUUCGUGGCAUCGAUCAGAUCGACUUCCCGAAAUCUAUCAGCAAAAGUGCCUCCAGUCUCAUAAAGAAACUGUGCAGGAGCAAUCCCUCAGAGAGACUGGGCAGCCAGAGAAACGGGGCCAAGGACAUUCAGAAGCACAAGUGGUUUGAAGGUUUUAACUGGGACGGACUUUGUAAAAGAACUUUAACCCCCCCAGUUGUUCCCACAGUUAAGCAUCCUCUGGAAAGCAGCGCAUGUGCUCUUUAUCCUGAGGACUCGGUGGAGCUGUGUGCAAACUGGGACGAUUUCUGAUGAAUUUCUGUGAACUGUAAAAAAAAAAGAAGAAGUCUGUCAGACAACACUUCAUCACUUUCAGGACUUCAUGAAUGAUUCACUGCCCUCAGUCUUACUGCCAUCGAGAAUUAAUUAUAUUUUCAGACAAAUGAUAUUUUCCACAGUAUCAGUAACUGCAGAUGUUGUUUGAUAAAUGAACCAUGCUGCCUGCUGUGUUAACCUCAGACUGUUUUUUUUUUUUUUGAGUGUGAAAUCUUUAUAGCUUUACAAACACAAGAUA